AUGGCGCCGCCGGCGCCCGGUGCCGGUGCCGCGGUGCCGCCGUCGCCGCCGGCGGCCGCGCGGCCGCGCGGCGCGGACCGCGCGCCGCUGCCGCCGCGGGGCCGCGCGCUGCGGACGUGCCCCGGCCACUGCUACCGCGUCGCGCCGCGCGUGCUGCCCAAGGCCUGGGGCAUCCGGGGCCGCGAUUCGCGCGUCGCGCGCUACGGCCUCGCGAGCCGCGGUUUGGAGGCCGUCGACAGCUCGGAGACCUACGGCGAGCUCUGGCUGGGCACGCACGCGCGGGGCGCCGCGUCGCUCGACGACGGCACGCCCCUGAGCCGGUGGGAGGGCGACCUGCCGUGGCUCCUCAAGGUGCUCAGCGUCGGCCGGUGCCAGGCGCUCGCGGCGCACCCGGACCGGCGCCUCGCGGCGGAGCUCCACGGCGCGGCGCCGGAUAUCUACCCCGACGGCAACCACAAGCCCAAGUUGGUCGUCGCGCUGACGCCGCUCGAGGCGCUCGUCGGCUUCCGGCGGCGGUCCGAGCUCGCGGCGUGCCUCCGGUCGAACCCGGAGUUCGCGGCCUGCGUCGGGCCCGAGGCGCAGCUCAAGCUCCACCUCGCCACGGACGAGGCGUCGCGCACGGCGGCCGUCAAGGACGUCUUCGCGUCGUUCAUGGCCUGCGACGACGCCAAGGCGCGCGCGUCGCUCGCGGCGCUCGUCGGCCGCCUCGCGGGCGAGCAGCGCGCGGGGCCGUCGACGGCGCCGCGGGGCCCCGCGUGGGAGCGCAAGGCCGCGCGCACCGUGCUCCGCCUCCAGUCGCAAUAUCCCGGGGACCGCGCGGCCAUGGCGCCCUUCUUCCUCAACUACCUGCUCGUGGCGCCGGGCGAGUCGUUCUACGUCGCGCCGGGCGAGCCCCACGCGCUCGUCGCGGGCGAGUGCCUCGAGCUCGCGGCGUCGAGCGACAAUGUCGUCGUCGCCGGGCUGAGCGACAAGCGGCCCGUGGACCUCGACGCGCUCCUGCCCAUGCUGUCCUACGCGACGGGCGGGCCCGACGUCGAGUUCGGCGCGCACCUCUCGUCCGCGCCGGGCUCGCACACGCUCCGCUACGCGCCCGACGUCGCCGACUUCGAGCUCACGGUGACGUCCGUCGACGCGGGCGCCGCCUGCCGCCUCGAGGCGCUCCCCGUGCCGUCGAUCCUCCUCGUCGUCGCCGGCGUCGGCACGACGCGGUCCCGGCCGGGGCCCGACGGCUCCUCGCCGCGGCGCAAGCACAUGUACGACCUCGCGCCGGGCACGGCGCUCUACGUCACCGAGGGCGCCAUCCACCUCGACGUCGUCGCGCCCGCCGCCUCCGCGGGGCCCCUCCGCUUCGUCCGCGCGUCCGAGAACCUCGACGCCUGGCGCGCGCGCGGCUCGCCGCGGGAGUAG